AUGGCUAGCCAGUGCGGCAGGGACUCCAACCAAACGGUCGACACCGUGCCGGCAAGUGUCCAUCAUCACAUAUCCUACCAGUUGCAGGCCAGACUGCGCAACGACUUCUCGUCCGUCCAGAGUCCCCUCGAAAAGUUCAAGAAUGCCACAUACAGAGACGUCACCAUCCUUCUUGCAGAGCCAUUGAUACGGGUUACACCGCUCGACAAGCAUAUCCGGGAUGUGCUCGGUCUGUCACUACUCAAUUUCCAGUACGAAUCCGAGGGCAACCCAGCCAUUCUCACCUUUCUGCAUCCAUGGCCUGAGUUGUCUGAAAAAUGUCCAUCCCCACCCCAUACCGAGGACGGCAUUGCACAAGAUGAGGACGCCGCCAUCAUGCCGGAGAGCCUUUCCCGCAAAUACGUCAACGUCGUACUCAAAAUCUGGGAGUCGCGCUGCGGACUCGACGCGUUUAGAAGCCAGAAGAUCGACCAGGGACUCAUGACCAUGCUCGGCAAAAUUAUCAGCCCGUGCGGACUCACAUACAAGCCUGAUGGUCUGUACCUCCGGAUCCAGGAUGUCGAACGAUCGGACAAGCGACUUUCGUGCGUCAAGGUUGCCACCAAAAAGGGGGACAUUCUCAAAUAUCUCGGCUUGGAGAUUAGAGGUAUCGAGACAUUCCACGCCGUCCUGAGCCGCAAGCAGGUCCGCUGCGACGUCAAGGAUUUUUUCGGCACAGACUUCGCUCAGGAGUUCGAGCGGCUGAGGGCUCAGGCUGUGUUCACGGUCGAUUGCGCUAGAUUGUUCAGCAGACUCCGGAAGGAGCUGCCCCGGUACGUUAAGGGGCCUGAGCUGACAUAUGCUAUCAAAGGUGUGAAGAGAGUGGUCGGCCUCUACCGAUCGGACUACAAGGAUGUCACUCUCGACGCUCCCGGGACCAGGAAGUGGGACUACAUGAGAGAGGCUUUUGAACAGCGCAGAUAUCAAGUCUUUCGCAACGAAGCAAAGAAGCACUGGAUCUAUAUCGGCGCGUACCAGAAGUGGCUCGACGCCAAACGGAGUGCGCAGAACUACAAGGCCUACAAGACGCGGCAAGAAGCGAGACUUCAGGAGAGAGGAAAGGCGGAAGCGGGGAGCGGCUGA